AUGGCACCCUCCGGAACGGCCGCCCUCCAAGCAGCAGCCAUAGCCUCGGCAACAGCCUCCGCAUCAGUUGCUGGGGCGGCUGCACUAGCGCAAUCGUCGCCGAACUACCUCUAUCGACAGAAGCGCGAUUGGGAGAGGCCGACGGUGCUCUCGUCAGUUCUUCAACUAACCUACUUCCGCGUCACGUAGAAUACAAGCUGAUCAUGAAGGGUUUUCCUCGUCGCAGACGUUACUCCAUCCUAGGGUUCCUCUCCUCCGGAACCUACGGCCGCGUAUACAAAGCCCGCAUCCGCAAGCACUCGUCCGACUCGAGUCCCGCCGGAUUGAUCGGUACACCUUCCGCCAACACGCCCGGUAAAAAGCUCAAGUUGGCCAAGGACGACGGGAAUGACGAUGAGGGGGAAUUGGUCGCGAUCAAAAAGUUCAAGCCGGAUAAGGAAGGCGAAGCGGUCACCUAUACGGGCAUCAGUCAGUCCGCUUGUAGGGAGAUCAUGGUCAGUUCUUCUGGGUCGGAUGGUGGGUAGUUGGUGUAUGAUGUCUAAUCUUUGUCGUGCAACUCAACGACGUGCCCUGAAUGACGCAUCAGAUCAACCGAGAAAUCUCACACGAGCACGUGACGGCGCUGAGGGAGGUCAUGCUCGAGGAGAAGAGCAUCUACCUCGUCUUUGAAUACGCAGAACAUGACUUUCUGGUACGCUUUGCAAACUGAUUGUCGAUGUUCGUACGCUGAUAACCCCCUCAUGCUCGACUCUGGUCUCCCCCCACAGCAAAUCAUCCACCACCACUCCUCGACACGAACGGGGAUCCCCACCCUCGUCCUCAAAUCGCUCCUAUGGCAACUCACCAACGGCGUCUCGUACCUCCACGACAAUUGGAUCAUCCACCGCGAUCUCAAACCGGCCAACAUCCUCGUCACUUCAAGUGGGCAGGUCAAGAUUGGCGAUCUAGGACUCGCGAGGUUGUACCAAGAGCCUCUGCAGCCGUUGUAUACGAGCGACAAGGUGGGUCGACGAAACACGAUGAGAUAUGAUCCGAUCGAAAAGACCAUCACUAAUCGGGUGGCUCGUCGUCCCUCCUUAGAUCGUCGUCACGGUAUGGUAUCGAUCACCCGAACUUCUCCUCGGCGCCCGUCACUACACCCCUUCGAUCGACCUCUGGUCCCUAGGAUGCAUAUUCGGGGAACUGUUGGCCUUGAGACCCAUGUUCAAAGGUGAAGAAGCCAAAGUCGAGAUUGGCGCUGGGAAGAAGGGAGGCGUGCCGUUUCAGAAGGAUCAGAUGACGAGGGUUAUUGAGGUGUUGGGGUCGAUUGAACGUUAGUAUUCGGAUGGCUGUUGAGGAUAUGCGGUACAGGGAUGGUUUGCUCACGGUGGAUGUUUGUGCUCGAGUUCACAGGUCAACAAUGGCCCACCGUGACCCAUCUACCAGAAUACAGUCAACUCGCCCGACUUGAUCGGUAAGCAGCAUCGUCUGAACCCCACUUAACAACCCCAGCUCACGCCUCUCUCUUUCACCCCACAGCCACAGCGACACUUUAGAACAAUGGCUUUCCGCCCGAAUAGUUCGCGGCGGUCCGAUACCGGACCAACAAGCCUUCAACCUCCUUCGCAAUUUCCUCAUCUACGAUCCAUCGAAACGAAUUACCGCUAGACAGGCGCUCGUUCAUGCUUGGUGGGGGGUCCAACCUAUACCUUGUGCGAAGUGAGUCAAAGCCCUUCCCAAGAUCUAAUUCGCACCCGUGCUCAUCCUUAUCUCCCCCUCAUCCCUCUCGUAGCGCCUUCAUCGGACUCCCUCCUGGUGUUUCUUACCCCAUGCGACGCGUCACGCACGACGAAUCAGAUCCCAAACUAUCCUCCCAAGGUGUACAAAAAACGGCUCCUUUCGUAGGUGGAAAUAGUACCGGUGUCGGCAGCGCCGCGGCGUUGCAACAACAACAACAGCAGCAACAACAACAGAGGGUGGGGAAGAGGAGUCGGUUGGAUGCUUAG